UUGUCAGAACCCUGCUACUAGAGCCUGGAUGUGGCUCUGAGUUUCAGGGUCACUGACAUUGAUAAGACACCUGCGUCCCAGGACUCGGAGGAGAAACGGCUGAUGGACUUGGCGGGGAAUUUGCGCGGGGUUUUACUGAGCGGGAAGAGACUGUUCAAAUGAGGGGGAGGGUAUAUAAAGGAGGGUUGGCCGGAGCCUCCCAUUCUUGGCUUUUCUGAUGUUCAUGUUUCCUACAGUAAAAGUUUCUGGUGAUAUCACAGAGAGUCUUGUGUGUUCAUUCAGGAGCGGCUGUGGUGAGCUGACACUAAGCCAAGAAUACGGACACCAUCCCGCUGUAGCGGUGAGGUGUAACAUGCAAGUGGAGGAUGAAGAGCUCUUGGGCGCCGGAGGAGGAAGGUCGGAAAGGGCCACUCCCGAGACGGACGCUGAGUUCCACCAGCUGGCGGCCCUGGCGUCAUCCACCGCUUAUGCCCAGCCAAAUGGGGUAACCCAGAGGCGCGGAGUGGUGCGGGGAGAUAGCACCGGAGGAGAGGAAGGUUCACCUUCCCCAGGCCCGCAGAAGAUGGUGUUUCUGGAGGAGAGGAUGUCGGCGAUGGAGACCACCCUGGCAGUGAUGUCGAGGGCGAUGGAGCGCCUGGCAGUUUUGGCGGAGCCGGAGCGAGGAAGGGAACUCCGGGCUAGCUCAAUGUGGGACGUGAGCAUGGGAAGCAGCCAGGGCUUUGCAGACCUCCCAGCACCGAAGGGAAGGGAAAUGCGAAAGGAGCCCGGUGCCCGGCCCAAGAUCCAAACGAGCCUGACGCGGGUGGAGGAGAGUGACGACGAAGGGGAAAAGCCUCCGAGAAUCCCGGCUACGCUCCCAACUGAGACCCUGGUGCCCCUGGCGAAUGCCGGGCGUGGCACAGGACAAAGGGAAGCAGCAGCGGGGCCCACUGGCCCGCAAGGGGGCUUGCGACGGGCGGAGGAUUGGGGAUUGCCACCACAGGGACCCCUACCGAGACGAGAGGAACUAAGGAUCGAGUUUGGGGGAGAGUCCUCUGAACUGGAUUUUUUCCUGACCACGGUGAGGGGCUAUAUGGAGGACAAUGCCCACACUUUCAGAACGGAAUCCAGCCGGGUACGGGCCAUUGGUGCAGUGUUGAAGAGGGGAGCGGCCAGCUGGUACGUUCAACUACACGCGCGGCGCGACCCAUGUCUGGGGUCACUCCGACGCUUUAUGGGGGCCCUGGAGACCCGUUUCCGAGAUCCACUGGAGCAGAUCCGGGCGAGGGAGGAGUUGAAGACCGUCUCCCAGGGGCAGAGGUCGGUAUCUGAGUAUGCGGAGGAGUUCCAAUGCCUCGCUGAAAAGGUACCGGAAUGGUCUGCAGUGACAAAGAUAGAACUCUUCAAAGAGGGGCUCAGGCGGGAGAUCCUCUCCUGGGCGGUGCAUCGUGAUGAGCCUGACACACUGCGCGGAUGGAUUCAGCUGGCGGGGCGCGUCGAGACAUCGCUGGCCCAGGCGAGGAGGCACCGAGGAGGGCUACAGCAGCGGCCGCAGAUGAAAGAGGGGAGCCGGAAGGAGGGAUCAACCCCAGCCGGGAGGAGAACGGAGCCGCCAGGGAACGUGAGCACCAGCAGGAGGGGCUGCUUCGUGUGCGGCCGUUUGGGCCACAGGGCUGCCGAGUGCUGGCAGAGAAAAGGGGAAGGCGGAGGCCCGCCCAAACCAAGAGCCGUGGCAGGGAAACGCGCCGAGGAAGAACCACCGAUGAGGCACCACUCGGGGGGGUUGGACGAAGGGGAGGAGGACGCCAUGUCAGAACCCUGCUACUAGAGCCUGGAUGUGGCUCUGAGUUUCAGGGUCACUGACAUUGAUAAGACACCUGCGUCCCAGGACUCGGAGGAGAAACGGCUGAUGGACUUGGCGGGGAAUUUGCGCGGGGUUUUACUGAGCGGGAAGAGACUGUUCAAAUGAGGGGGAGGGUAUAUAAAGGAGGGUUGGCCGGAGCCUCCCAUUCUUGGCUUUUCUGAUGUUCAUGUUUCCUACAGUAAAAGUUUCUGGUGAUAUCACAGAGAGUCUUGUGUGUUCAUUCAGGAGCGGCUGUGGUGAGCUGACAG